AUGCCCCCAGGCAAGGUAGAGGUGAUUGAAAUUCUCGACGAUGGAGAUACAGCUUCCGAGUCUGGGGAUAAUGUAUCUCCCCUCCCCAAGGCGGCCCAGAAAAGAAAACAGCCCGUCGAGAUCGAGGAAAAGGUCCAGUGGACUGACGACGAGGAUGAUUUGCCCGUGAAACCGAAGAAACGAAGGGCUAAACGAAAGUCUAAAGGGAAGAAGAGAGAGGAUGAUGUGCAUGGAGAUGACCAUGCCCCCGAGGAAGACUUUGAGCUCGCAGGAUUGCCUGAAUAUCUGAUUGAGCGGCGACGGAAGUUUGACGCCAACAAGAAGCGUCAUCACGAUGCUGCUCUCAUGGUUCCUCCGGACUACACGGGUAUACACUUUGAAGAAACUAGGAGACUAAGGGAGUUGGACGAACGGCCCAAAUUCGAAGAGAGCAGCGGAAUCAAACCCUCUCGACCAUAUCAGGAUAUCGAGUUACCCCAGUCGGCAGGCCUCAUUCCGGCAUCAAUCGCACAGUACCUCCGAGACUACCAGAUUGCUGGCGUAUCUUUCCUCCACAGAAAGUUUGUGUACCAGGAAGGUGGCAUUCUGGGCGACGACAUGGGCCUCGGCAAGACAGUACAGGUGGCCGCUUUCUUGACCGCUGCGUUUGGCAAGACUGGUGAUGAGCGUGACGCCAAGCGCAUGCGGCAAAUACGGCAGUACAAUGACCGCUGGUACCCCAGGAUCUUGGUCGUGUGUCCCGGAUCCCUCAUCAUGAACUGGAAAAACGAGCUGAACCGUUGGGGUUGGUGGCACAUUGAUCUCUUUCACGGAAUUCACAAGGAAGAUGUUCUCAGUGCUGCCCGUGCUGGACGUCUCGAGAUCGUCAUCACUACAUACGACACUUACAAGAAUAGCAGGAGCUCAAUCAACAUGGUUCAAUGGGACGCCGUGAUUGCUGAUGAGUGUCACCGGCUGAAAGACAGAUACUCAGAAACCACCAAAGCGCUCAACGAGAUUAAUGCGCUUUGCCGCAUUGGCCUUACUGGCACCGCUAUCCAGAACAGGUACGAAGAGCUUUGGACAUUACUGGAUUGGACGAAUCCUGGCCAUUUUGGAACAAUCGCCGAGUGGACGCAAGCCGUCACCAAGCCCCUGACUGUUGGACAGUCUCACGAUGCAACCGUGGCUCAGCUCAGUCUCGCAAGGCAGACGGCCGACAAACUGGCACACAAUCUACUGCCACGGUAUUUCUUACGAAGAAUGAAGACGCUCAUUGCGCAUCAACUACCAAAGAAGACAGACCGAGUCGUUUUUUGUCCCCUCACAGACCUUCAGCGAGAUGCAUACGAGAACUUCUUGGAUAGCGCAGAGAUCGAUAUUCUGCGAACUCUCUCUGAACCUUGCUGCGGGAAGAGCAAGAAAGGAUGGUGCUGCAACCGCUUUCUGUCCAGCGGCACAAGAUGGCAAAGCAUUGUCUUUCCCAGCAUGAUUGUGCUGCAAAAGUUGGCAAACCACCUUACUCUGCUGGUUCCACAGACGACCGACGUGGACACCAAACAUACCUCAGAGCUAAAUACCCUUCGGACUUGUAUGCCAGAUACAUGGAAGCACCUCUACGAUAAUAGGGACCGGAUUAAGAAUCUGGUUAAUCCCGAGUUUUGUGGAAAGUGGAAAGUUCUGAAGAAGCUGCUCAAGUUUUGGCAUAGCAACGGAGACAAGGUCCUUGUCUUUUCUCACAGCGUGCGACUUCUUCGCAUCUUGCAGCAUCUGUUCACCAACACGAGCUACACUGUCAGCUACCUGGAUGGAUCUCUGAGCUACGAACAGCGUCAAGAAGUUGUCGACACAUUCAACUCUGAUCCGACGCAGUUUGUAUUUCUCAUCUCAACCAAGGCUGGCGGCGUGGGACUCAACAUCACUUCUGCGAACAAGGUUGUGAUCAUUGACCCUCACUGGAACCCUUCCUACGACCUUCAAGCUCAGGAUCGAGCUUACCGUAUCGGCCAGACCCGUGACGUUGAAGUGUUUCGACUCAUUUCACUAGGCACGGUAGAGGAGAUUGUGUACGCACGACAAAUCUACAAGCAACAGCAAGCCAACAUCGGAUAUACCGCAUCGUCUGAGCGUCGCUACUUCAAAGGUGUCCAGCAGGAUACCGAGAGGAAGGGUGAAAUCUUUGGACUGGGCAACAUCUUUAGAUAUCACAACGACAGCGGGCUGCUUCAAGAUAUCGUGAACAAGACCAACAUUGCCGAAGCCAAGGCUGGUGUGAACCUCGUGGAUGUCGACAUGGAAAAAGCGGCCAAGGACGAGGAGACUCUUGGCAUAGUCAAGAACGAGGACACAGAUGCUGAAGAUGGUGGCAUGAGCCAGCUGGCUGCGUUGCUCACAUCUGAGAACCAGGAGAAACUGCUCGAGUCCAAGAAGGCCAAAGUGCCAAAAAGUGACGCUAUCCAAGCUAUCCUUACUUCGGCCGGUGUCGAAUACACUCACGACAACUCGGAAGUUAUUGGAACGUCGAAAGUGGAGGAACAGCUAUCACGCCGGGCUGCCAUGACUUCAUAUGCAGAGGGCGAUGUGGAUGGUCAGAAUGCUCUCUUUGCAGAGAGUGAUGAAGACUGCGGGGACGGUCUGCACAGUCUCUACAACCCCCCAAAUGAGGUGAUGCUGCGACAUUUCUGCGAGAUGGCAAGAGAGUUUGGAUUCGCGAAUGCGACUGAAUUUGCUCUGGUGGUGGAAAACUGGACUCAGGAAGCGAGGAGGAACUGCUUGGACACGUUUUACAAGAGGAGAGAGGCUAAGCUGAUCCGUGAGGGUCUCGUCAAGGAAGAGGAUAUGAGAACGGAAGAGGAGGUAAAGGAUGAACACCUGGAGACAAAGUCGGUUGUCAAAGUGGAGGAUAUCAAGACUGAUGAGACCAAGGAGAAGGUGGUGAUCAAGGCAGAGGCUCUAAAGACAGAGGCUCUAAAGACAGAGCCCCUGGACAAAAAGGAUUCGCAAGAAGUCAAGAUCAAGAUGGACGGCUCUAGUAAGAGGACCUCGAUCUUUCUUUCAGAUGACGACGACGAUGAUGAGCUUUAA